ACAUGAUUGUAUCAUUAUUGUGUUAAUUGAUUUUUAGAGCUAUUCAUGUUUAUAUAAUCAUAUUGUUGCACGACCAACAUUUUAGCAAUUGUUUUCAUAUUUUAUUCAAAUUUAUAUAAUCACAAUGGACAAUCAAUGUCCGAUGCAAGGAUGUGAUGGAAGUGGACAUAUAUCGGGUCUAUUCUCUUCACAUCGUAGCCUUUCCGGUUGUCCAUUAAGUCUUCGUUUUAGUGAGCUACAACAACAAAGCGAUACAAAACAAUGUCCAACACCUGGUUGUGAUGGUUCUGGAAAUACGAAAAGCAUGUAUACCUAUCAUCGAAGUAUUCAACGUUGUCCAAUGAUUAAAAAACAACUGGAAAAAAGCAAUAUGACUAUCGAACAAAUGGAAAGCAUGUUGAGUGGUAAUAAAUAUUCCUUAAAAGACUUACAAUCAUCAUUUGCUGAAUCAAAUUCCGACAAUAACGACUUAUUAUCAGCAUCUAAAAUUGUAGAAUCAAAAAAGGUCGCCUUUCAAUCACGAAAAACUAUUGUUUAUAAUCGAUUAGCAGCGAAAAAAUCUCAAAAUGGUAUUAUGAAAAAUAAGAAUAAAAAAAUCAUCACCAAUAUUAAUUUGGCUGCAGAUGUUUUCACAUCAAAUUCCUUUGAAGAUAUUGAUCCAGAAAAAUCUAUCAUUUCAAUCAAUGAUAGUCGAAUGAAGAAAAUUGACGAUAAUUUUCAAUUACAAACGCUCAAUUGUGAUCUAAAAUCUAUAGAUUUAUUGACAGAAAACCAAUAUUUUUUGAAAAAAAGUUUAAUGAAUCUAAUGAAAAAAUACGAAAUUCUUCAGAAACAAGAAAUCGACAUUUAUCUUCGGUUAUCGUCAACUGAAAAAAUUGUCAAAAAAAUGCUUGCCGAAAAAUCUAAACUUCAAUCACAAAUUCAAGUGGAUUGCAAUUCAAUACGAAAUGUUUGCCGGAAAAUUCAUGAUCUUAAAAUCAGUAACAAACUAAGCUCCGAAGCAACAUUAGAUGAAUGUCUCGAUUUAAUCGAGGAAAUUCUAGAAAAUCACCAAAAAGAAGAGUAUAAAAAAUUGUUCGAAUUCAUCAAAGAUAAUCUUAAAUUGACUUGAUUUUUUUUGUCAUCGAUUGUAAUUAAUUA